UUGCGAGUUGGUAUAAAUACAGGCCUUUUGCAUUCCCAACUCUCGUGGCAAUUAGCAAUUACGAUUCAGCAGAGUCGUCAUGAAAGUGGCACAUCCAUCACUCGCUCUAGGGCUGCUCUUCUUCGCCGCCGCAACUCAAGCACUAGUUCUUCUGCAAGACGUUUGCCCCGAUGUGGACUACAAACUCGCAAGCGAAAUCAUUAUGCUGUGGGACGCAAAGAACUGCUCAAAGUUUUACAAGUGCUCCUACGGCGGAAACAUGAACAAAUUGCGUCCUUACGAGUUCAGCUGCCCGAAAGGAUUGACCUUUGACCCGAAAGAGGGAGUGUGUGGCUGGAGGGUAGACUUCAACCCCAAACCUUGCCACCCACUCUAUUAUCAGCUCAGCAGGAACGUCGUUUACUGAAUUCUUAGAGAUGAAUAAAAUUCAAUUUAAAUAAAUAAUGGUACAAAAAUUUGAUAGCAGGAAUAUAUUUUACUAAAACUAUAAAUUCCCGCUUUACCUGAGUAGUUUUUGCAUACAAUUAAGAAAUAUGAGGAGUAAAUAAUGGAGAUUGAAUAAAGUAAAUAUACGGAGAGCUACCUUGAAGAAGCCACAGCAGUAGUUAGUCCCGUCGCAGCACUUUUAGUGCAGACACAGAACUAACUAUUGCCUGCGACGGCACUAAGAAUUUUCUGUGUA